UUAGUCUUCAGUAUAGCCCUCUUUGGGCUAUUGCUUCACUGUGCAUCGGCUAGAUUUGUAUCUGAUAACAUAUGUCUGGCGAUGCCGAAUGGGCAGAAGUUGCCUAUAACCGAAGACUGUGGUUCGUACAUCGUCUGCGAGUACAAUGUCCAGAGGAUUCAACGCUGCACUGCUGGUACGCUGUUCGAUCCUGUGGCAAUGGUUUGUAACUGGGCGGCUUUUGUAAAAUGCGGCCAAACUCCGUCCCUGCCACCGAUUUUGAUCGCUCCGACACCGGGUCCCGUUACAAUUCCCUCCGCCCCAACACCACCUCGGGCACCUUCCGUAACCCCGAGUAUCCCAACAGCUCCUACGGCACUUCCAACACAAACGGUAACCACCACUACAACUCGCAAACCAACGCAGCCACCCAUUGUCCCGACAGCACCGACUGCACCCCCAGUAGUUCACACCGCUGCACCUACCGUGGCGACGAUCCGGCCAACUACUACCCUGCAACCAAUACCGACCACUCCUUCGUACAACGCACCCAUAAACCCAUACCCAUUCUGUACUCCGGACGAAUUCAGUUUUACCGCGCAUCCGUCCGCUUGUGAGAGCUAUUAUAUCUGUGCAUAUGGUAAGCUUAUCUUGCAUAGCUGUGGUCACGGAGUGUACUGGAACACAGCUACGAAUCAGUGCGACUUCCCUGAGAAUACCGACUGCACCAACCUACCAAACCCUGCCGCUCCGGAAAACUCAACGCCCUCUGCGGAAACGACCACUAUAUCCAUCAUUCCCGAUUGCUACGGUAACGACAUCUUCUAUCCCAACUAUGCCGACUGUAGCCAGUACUACAUUUGCAUUGGACUGCAUCCAAUCCUGAUGAGCUGCCCGACUAACUUCCUUUGGAACAGCAAGGUAUCGCAGUGCGAGACUCCAGCCACUGCAUUUUGCGCGCAAAAAUAA